AAUUCCGAAUCAAAUUACUUGUCAAAGGCCUAAAAGAGUUUUGUGUUAUCUUAAGCCGUUGACUGGAGUUCUGCAAAUUAACAGAGAGCAGAAACCAUGGACGAUGAUGUUUACUACCAAAACGUCGUCGUAAUGCGUCAUGGUGACCGCAUCGACAACUUCGAGCCGCUCUGGGUGUCGACGGCGACCAGGCCCUGGGACCCACCCUUGAUUGACGACGGUCUGGUCCGAGCCUUCCGCACUGGCCAUAAACUCCGAGCUCAGAUCAGGCCUCCAAUCCACCGAGUCUUCGUCUCCCCUUUCAUUCGCUGCAUACAGACCGCCUCGCAAGUCAUUGCUGCGCUCUGCGCCAUUGAUGACGACGCCAAUGCCAUGUCCUCCACCGACGUCCUUUCUAUUGAUCCAUCCAAACUCAAGGUAUCUAUCGAGUAUGGAUUAUGUGAGAUGUUGAACAGGGAAGCUAUUAGACCUGAUUUGGCACCUAAGAAUGGGGAUUUUGGUUUCAGUAUCUCGGAGCUUGAAGCUCUGCAGCCGGCUGGGUUGGUAGAUGACACUGUAGAACCAGUGUAUAAGGAGUUGCCGAAGUGGGAAGAGACAGUGAUGGGUGCUAGGGCUAGAUAUGUGAAUGUCAUUAAGAAACUUGCUGAUAAAUACCCCACAGAGAACUUGCUGCUAGUGACACAUGGGGAAGGAGUUGGGGCUGCAGUUUCUGCAUUCUUGAAAGACGUGACUGUAUAUGAAGUAGACUAUUGUGCAUAUACACAACUUAGAAGACCAAUCUUCAUUCAAAAUAAGUCACUUAAAACAGGAGAAUUCCAAGUUCUUAUGAAUCAUGGUCAAACUGGUGUUAGUUACCUUCCUGCAAGCGCAAUGAGAGACACCCCUGCCCCCGGAUCUAGUGCUAUGUCAUGAGAUUUAUUUUAUAAUGCAACGAACAACUUAAUUGUCUUCACUUAAUGGUUCGUUGAAUACAAAAAGAUGUGGGAAGUUUGUGUUGCUGGGUGGUGUCGCAGAAGGAAACUAUCUGAACAACUUAUUUGAUGGUGAUUUGUGUAAACCUUGUGCACUGGUUUUAUCCAGAUAUUGGAUAUAUGUAUUAAUAUUAGGUGUAUAUGAGCUUAUUAUA